AUGUCGACUAUCGAUCCCUACGACCGAAUUGAUGACCGUCGUCGGUCCCAUCGCCAUCGCGAUUCCAGAGAUGAGCGUGAGCCACGUUAUGUCGAAACUCAAGAAACCUACGUUCGAUCACCCGUCUCUGCUCCUGACCCUCCAUACGCAGUUCGAACCACCGACGUUGUUCGCCGCCCAACUCGUGAAGAUAGCGACAUGUCGGUCGAGGAAGUCAGAAGGGACUUUCCUCCACCCGGUGCGGGCACUUACACCCAGCGUACCAUGGUACGAGAUGAUCGGUACGGCCCGCCAGUUCGAUCUCGCUCGGCCGAGCGUGGCUCACAUUACGGAGGAGCAUAUCUCGAUCCGCGACGAUCGCACAACGAGCUAGACAGACGUGAUACCCGCGGAACAUAUGUUGAACAAGAAGUCAUCAAGCCACGUCGUCGGUCGCUAUCGAGAAACCAGAAGAUAAUUGCUGCAGUUGGAGGGGCCGCGCUAGCAGUUGGUGGCAAGGAACUUUGGGACCGCAAACAAGCAGAUGGACGUCCAAUUCAACGGAACCCUCUUCAAUCCGCAGCUGUUGGUGCCGCAGGUGCAUUUGCUGCCUACGAAGGUGCCGAGCUUUAUGCCAAGCAUGGAGGCAAGGCAGAAGAGAAAGUCAAGACUUACGUUGCUCACCGAGGUCGGGACGGCGAAGUUGCCGAAUACUAUGCUUCUGACGAGGAACCAGUCAAGCCAAAGAGAUCAAAGAGCCGUCGCAAGUCUAUUGUAGAGGGCGCUUUGGGUCUCGCUGGUCUCGGUGCUGCGGCAAAGGCUACAGGAGGAAGCAGAGACAAAGGAGGACGUAGCCGCCGCGGAAGCGACAGUAGCUAUGACUCAAGAGACAGAUCCCGAGGAGGACGUGGAAAGUCUCCUGAAGGAGCCGCCAAAUUCCAGCAGGCUGCAAAGGCUGCUCUUUUAGCUGGUGCCACCGAGGCUUUCCGUGUCCGAAACGAGCCUGGUGGAUGGGGAGGAGACAAGGGAAAGCGAAUUCUUACCGCGGCGAUCGGAGCUGGUGGUAUUGAUGCAGCAGCUGAUCGUGACCCUGACAAGAAAAGCAAGCGUCACAUCCUUGAGGCUGUGGUAGGAGGUCUUGCCGGAAAUCGACUCAUCAAUGGUUCAAGAAACAACAUUGAAGACGACGGCCGUUCAGUCAGAUCUCGAUCUCGGUCUCGUUCUCGAUCAAGAGGCCCAGGUGGUGGAGCAUCUACUGGUCCUCUAGCUGCUCUGGCUACUGCUGGUCUUGGAGCGAUUGCUGGCAAGAAACUUCUGGACCGAUCCCGCUCAAGAUCUCGAGGAGCUUCAAGGUCUCGCGGUGGUCGUGGUAGCUCUCGAAGGCGCAGGGACAGUUCUGAUUCCUACGAUAGCCGAAGCCCGUCUCCCAGACGAGGUGAAAAGAAGGAUCGUCACAAGAGAAGCAAGAGCGUGACAGAUUACGCUAGGAGUGGUCUUGCAGCUCUCGGUAUCGGUGGAGCCGCUGCUGCAGCAGGUAGCGACAGGCACCGUGAUCGUGGAGUCGUAGAAGAGGAAACUACUGUUCGACGCACCUCGCGUCGCGGUGGAGGAUCCGAUGAUGGAUAUGGUGGAUCGAGACGUUCCCGAGACUACGGAUACACCGAUUCUCGUGAUCCAUACGGAGACGCAAGAUAUGCUGAUUCACGAUCGAGCAACGUAGGCUCAAGGAGUGGAGGAGGACGACGCAAGAAGGAUCAUAAGAACAGAGAUAUUGCGGAAGGCAGGAGGGACGCUUCAGACUCGGAGAGCAGUCUGGGAUCAUCGUCAGGGGAUGAGAAGAGAAUCAAGAAGAUGAGAGGUAAGCAACUUCUUACGGCCGGUUUGGCUACUGUCGCCACCAUCCAUGCUGCGCACAACGUGUAUCAGAGCAUGGAGAAGAGAGAUGCACGUCACAAGGCUGUUGCGGAGGGAGACAUGACCCCAGAGGAAGCACGAAAGCUCAAAGCCAAAGCGACUCUACAAGAUGUAGCAUCAGUUGGCAUUGCUGCACUUGGUAUCAAAGGGGCAUUCUCUGAAAUUAAGGAGGCCAAUGAGAUGAGGCAUGAAUGCAAAGAGCUGCGAGAGAAGAAAGAAGAACGACACAAGAAGCGAUUAGAGCGACUUCAGAAUUCCCCUCAAGGGUCACCUCGCAGAAGCGCAGGCAAUGAAAUCGCCAGACGCAGAACCGAACCACGCUACGCACCAAGCUCAGCCAGUCCUCGCUAUGAUAACUACGGACCUCGCUAUGUCGAUGACAACCCGUACUCGGCAGCUUUACCGGCUCCUCCUGUUGGCUAUGACAGGAGGUAA